GAGUUAAAUAUGUUCAGAGUAGUCGUAUAGGUUUCGGCCUCGUCCAUCUCCGUCGUUGCGAAGAGCGCGCAACGCUCGCUGCCAAGCUGGUCUUACAAUCUCUAAACAAAGUUCGAUUUUUUUUCUCGCCCAUCUUCUUCGCGGGCACUUCCUCCUUUUCUCUCUUCCCUGAGUUUCUCUCUCCCGCGAUUGCAUGAUAAAAAGAUGAUUUUUUAAGUUUUUCACGGAUAAAUACGCAGACUUAAUCACAGUACUAGCAUAUGACUAUUUCCAUCUCAACAUCUUCUCCGGACUACUAAAUUAAUGAGUUUCAAGGAGAUGCAAGCUUCAAUUGUGUAUCGCAAACUUCUCAAAGCUGUUGAGAACCACAUAGGAAAAAAUGGAAGCAAAGGGCACUUCAGGGACUUCAUUACCCAAGAGUUCAGGGAGUGCGCUAAGCUGUCUAAUCCAUGUGAAAUUCAGCGAAAAAUGAAGCUUGCUCAUGAUUACACUUUCCUGCUUAAUAGCGUGCAUCAUCAUAAGGAUUUGCUCUUCUCUUACAACAUUGCUGUGGAUCGAACUGAUGAAAUGAAGAAGGUGCUAAAUAAAUCUGCAGCCAGUGUUGGUCUUCGGCUCCCUGAGGUUUACCAGCCUUAAAAAAAUAUUCAUUAUCACAAUAUUGUAUCAUUGAACAGGCUUCUGAUUGUCUGAGCAGAAUUGGCUUCUUUUCGUAAUAAAUAAAUUGAACUUUGUAAUUCAGUUGAUUUUAAGGGUUUUUUUUGAAAUGAUGGGAGUGAAGUACCA